AUGGAUGGCUUGGCUCCGACAUCAUCAGCCGGGCCAGAUCGACCACAAGUUGCUCCGAAUGUUGCGGAUCCAGAUCAGACGGGUCCACCGGAAUAUCGUGGACCGCCGACAUCAUCAGCUCAAGCUCCGGGAUGUCCUCCGGUUCAACAUUAUCAAUUCGGGCGGUUCCAUCCCGCAUACCCGUCGCCGCCACCACUAUCACCGGCUGAACUGAUGCAUGGUCCGUCAGAAAAGGUGUCGACUGGACCGCCGCAACCGUAUCCUCGGUACGUGGUCUACAAGGGAAAAACGCUUGCUCAAUAUCAGGAGACGCGGGUGAUUGUGAAGAAGGAAUCGACCUAA